UUACAGGUAAGUGUGAUGGACCUUUCAGUACUGGAUUGGAGGUUGAAAUACAGUUCAACUCGCACUAUGUUCAAAUGCACUUGGACGGGCUGCCAAGAGAUGACUUCAGCCUGCGAUGCUAUUGAAAGGCAUAUUCGCUCCACACAUCUUGGACGCCAAGAAGUCAACAGCGACCACAGUGAGAGUGACAGUGACGACGAGGACGACCACGAGGAAGAGUUUUAUUGGACAGAGGUCGAAGUGAAUGUUGCCACUUGGGUUGAUCCAUGUGAGCCACUGGUCACCCACAGUGUUCCCGCUCCGACCCUGCCAGCACCUGCUGCCAUGGCUUUGACAUUGCCACCUACGCCUGUCACCUUGCCCAGUCAGCCACCCAUGAUUGCUGAUGCCCCAAACAUACCCGCUCAGCCGUCCCAUCCAAAAUACGUUCAUGUGUCAUCCCCACCGACACUUAGCCACAUGGAUAUGGCAAGACCUCCACAUGAAGAUCCGCAGUACAAGCGUCAUUUGUCAGGGCCGGUUGCUAAUCUCUCAAGCUCAUGGCCACGUAGUUCUGCCUACUUAAGUUCUGGACGAGGAAAAGUGAGGGUGAGUUCCUCCCCAAAAGCUUCCCCUGGUAGGGGAAAGAGGAACGGAGAGAGCCGGAAGUGUCGGAAAGUGUAUGGCAUGGAGCAGCGUGACCUUUGGUGUACCCAGUGCAAGUGGAAAAAGGCGUGCAGUCGGUUUGGAGAGUGAUAGAAUACCUUACAAGACUCUCUACUGAGGAACAUGCCUGGCUGUGUAAUGUAGAAAUUAGUUGAGUGUAAUGAUUGUACAUGUAAUUGGAAGCUCUAUGGCUUAAUUUAACAUAUUUUAAGUCAAAACUGGGGAAAAAUCUUAAAUAUCUGUGCAAACGUGUGGAAAAACCCUUUGAGAUAAAUGAUAUUGUAUUUUAUAUUUACAAAAUAGUAGUUACAUUUAAGGGGAUACCGUAACACUAAGAGGAAAUGACAUGCUGCUGUGCUGGACUGUGAUUUCUUUUGGGCAUCGACAAUGGUCACAGAGGCCCAAAUAUCUCCACAAAUAGAAGUUGGCAUUUUCUGGUCGAAGAACUUUGCUUGGCUAUGAUUGGCCAUGUGCUGUUUUCGUCCAUGAGAUCUCUCUCGGGUCUCUGGUUUAUUGGAAAUAGUAUGCAGUGCAGGAGGUUUUAUAUGUUCCACUUGAAUGCAGCAACUGAAACUUGUUCUGGGUGAACAGUAAAUACCUCAACCUUUUAGAGAGAAGAAAUAUCGAGUGUUUUUUCACCUGACAUAUAAAGGCUUCCAGUAUUCAGAAUGCAUAGCAAACUUGGAUUCAGAAUGACAUCUUUGACUUUGAGUCACUUAUGGAAGACAUGACUUGUGUUUCAGCUUUGUAUUGUAAUGUACAGUAAAUAUAAGAGAAUGGAGUUUUGGUGUAUGUUAGUUUAGUCAACUUGGAUGAGGCAAAACAUAGGUGAAAAGCUUGUUAUAUUUUGAGGAAAUGAAGAAAAAUUAUAUGUCAACGAAUAAAGCAAUACUCCACGUUCGAUGCUACAGAAAGCCUCACCUAUGCUUCCAAGUCCUUCUAAUCUUAAUUUAAUAUUUUAGUUUCAGGUGUAAAAUGUCUGACAUGCAUGAAAUGCAAGCACUUGAAAUGUACAAACAAAAAUCAAGAUAAUCUUGCGAUGCUCACAUCUCUGUGCAACUGUGAAUGAAUUAACUAUUCUCAUAGACUAGAGAGUGUAGAGGACUUUUUCAUAUUUUAGGUGGCAAAAUACUUGACAACGGAUGUGUAAGUUUAUUUUUUCUCUCUCUCUGUAGCUACUGUUCUGCCAUAAAACUUGUCAUAAAUAUGUUGUACUUAAGCAGGAAUGUUAAAAUACUGGAAGAUAUUUAGAAAUUUUCCUCCUACUGUUAGUCUUCAAAUAUACAGACAUUUAUUCAUAACAAUACAUGUAAUGAGCAGUCCUACAUUGUUUUUAAUAAAACAGUGUAUCAUGCUACAGAAAAAAUGCUCAUUUUUUUACUAACAAAAGGUUUUAUAGCAGGAUGGACUUAAAACACUCUCUAGAUUAAAAUGCUUCUCUUGGUUCUAAAUUAUGAUUACAGUUACAAUGCCUGCAUUUUGAAUAGAUUUAUAGCCUUUUUGAUCCAGGGAAAUGUUUGAGAAUAUUUAUGCAAGACACAUAUAUAUACAGUAUCAUAUGGCAACAUAACAUAUCAGUCUUGUGAAGAGCUAUUUUGCAAAAAUGGUAGUAAAUUUUUAUAAAACGUCCACGUUUAAGUAAAUUACCUUUUUUCUCUUAUGAUGAGGUUGCGCAAAGGUUUGUUUGGGACCAUGUCAGCAAUAUUUAAUAUAGUUAAAACUGUAACAGAUUGCAAAAUGAGGUGAAAAUAAUAUGACAAAAUAUUGAAGUAUGUUUAUUUAGUAUUUGUUCAUAAAGAUUAAAGGGAGAGAUAUUAAAGACAAUAUCUAGGCCUAGUAGACCUUCAGAAUAUUUAUGUUGUGAAGUUUUUUCACUUGAUGCACCACUAUAUUCAUACUGAAACAACUGUCUUGUACCAUAAGUUUAGAAGACAGUCUUGACCACAUGAUUAAUAGGUGUUAAUGCAUAAUUGCUUACUCACAUAAAAGUCAGUUAUGUUAACUGAAAUUACCAAACGAUUCUCCUGGAUAGCUAAUGUAGACUGGCAGAUGUAUUGCUAUUUGGAUUACAAUGCCAAUAGAAAACUGCAAAAUACUGUAUGUUUUGUGAAUGCUUUGAACUGACUCAAAUAUAUUUUUAUUUCGUGUUGAAAACUUCAAGACCAUUUCAUAACAAAACAGUUACCUGAAAAUGUCAGUGAACUAAGUUUUUCAUAAAUCUUCAGCCAUAAGAGCAACCUAGAUUUUUAUCCAUCCUCCAGGAUGCUGGUAUACAAGAACAAAUUUACGUAUAUGUAACUAACAGAAUGUUUAGUUCAAAACGCAAACCUAAGAAAUGUAAAUCAAGUAAUGUUGUGUAAAUGCUAACUGAAGUUUUACAAGCAAUAUAUCCAUGAAUCUAUGAACAGAACUUUCAGCAUGUAGGGUAAAUAAGUAAAUAUACAAAUUCAACCUGGAUGAAGAGACAAAUCUUCAUUUUUAGAAUAUAAACAUUAAUUAUGCUUCUGUAAUGCAGUACAUGAGGCACAUAUAUACUUUAAUCAGUCUUGUAGAACAAAUAUUGCAUAUCUACAAAACUAAACCACCUUAAAUAUUUUUACUUAAUCAUUCAUGCACUACUAAGACAUUACCUCUGUUUGCAGGUCAAAACAUAAUUGACUUUGCAUAUGUUUAACCAAUUUUUGAGUGCAAGUUAAGUGAGAAUGUAAAACAGAACAAAAUGAAAAUGUUAAGCAAAAACAAAAUUAUGAAUCCCUCAAAAAGUAAUGCUAAAAGGAUUAAGUUAUGACUUAAUCACUGCAUUGUGUUGUCUACUUGCAUUUUCCAGAAUCAUUGAGUUUUGUUAUGGGAGUACCAUCUGUUCUUUUCCUUAAGCUAGCACAUUGAUUUCACUGAUAAUUCACAAAUAGCAAAAGGUUUGAAAAUCGAAUGAAAAUAUUAAAACAAAGAUCAACAUUUACCAUCAACUUUAUAGACUUGGGAUAGGAUAAGCUUAUUUUAUAAAAAAAUGCAUAUAUUUCUAAAUCACUUUUGGGUUUCAUUUCAUUAAAAAUUAUAGUACUGUAACUGUGUCUAGAAAUUGUAUUCUAGUUUUCUUAUAGUACUUGUUACCGCAUUCAACAGGAGUGCUGUUGGCUGGAGGUUCUCCAAUAAUCAUCAAGAAUUUUGAAAGACUAGCUGAACUGAUAAAAAUGUAAAUUUAAAAGUGGACUUUGAUCAUCUGAAGUCAAAUGUUUCACAGCUAGGUUCUUUAGACCAACUUCUGAUAUUCUAUUAAUAUAAUCAUUGCCAACAUAAUGUACCUCAGGUUUCCUUUUAUUUCAUUAACAUAACUGAGAAUAAAAUAAACCCCAGUAAAUAUUUAAGUGAAGUAUAGUGCUUGUGUUACCUCAUCUGAGAAAGAAUCUUUGAUGAUCCGUCCACCUUUAACUGUGGUCUGGACAGUCCUCUUAUUUUGAACACCACUGCCAUUAAUUUGUGAGGCAUUACAAAUUAACAUCGUGUUGUGAUGUUUAUUUUUUCAUAUGCAGUUGUAUUAUAUUCCAUUUUAUUAAGUUGCAUAUCAGUAACUUGUCUUUUGAAGUACACUUACCUUUUAUAUGAAGAGGCUAAGAAAAUGCUCAUUCUGUUCAGGUAGUUGGACAACCAGGUACAUGACAGGGACACUGAAAACCUCAGUUUAUCUGUUGAAAGUACCAACUGUAUAAUGCAUUAUACAUUGUAGUUGCUUAGUUUUUCAUAUACAUUUAUUUUUUAUAAAGAUAAUAAUGGUUUAGGAUGCCAAAUACUGGGUAAAAUGUAUUUUUUAUUUUUAGUAAGCAGUACAUAAUUUGCUUUGUCAUAGUAAAAUGCAAUAUAUAAAGAUGGUCUCUCAUUGCGUACUAAAGUAAUAUCCAUAUUCAAGGGAGAUGAAGUCCACUACCAAAUGAGUGCUUUAAAUAGAUUUUAUAACAAAUGAUCUCCAAAUACUUAGAAUUAGCUAGCAUAUUAUGAAAAUACAUAGAAUAUUAAUAUAUUCCGGUAAAACUGAAGAAAGGCUCUCGUCACUUCUGGUGCUAAUGUUGCCAUAAGUCAGAAAUAAAAAGGAGUGAUACAAAGUAUGAGAUACGUAUAUCCCAGCGUUAUUUGAGGAACUAAAAAGAACUACUAUAUCCCAUCUAAACUAUGACAACUAUAUUCCAAUUUUAUUUAUAAGAAAUUAUUCUUGACUUCACUUCCCUCAAAAUAAAUUUUUGACUCUUAAAUGCUGUACAUUCAUCAGUAUCAAAAUGUGACAACAAAAUGGCCUUGGGAUGCACAAAUGUGUGAGUUCACAGAAAUCUCUCGUAUAGUAGAUUAUAGAUAAAUGUCCAUAUUGUACAGUACAUUAAUAAGACACAGGCAAACUGUUUUGUGAAAAGUCUGCCAACCUAGUCUAAGAAAUAAAAUGGAUUUAAGCCAUUACUAGUUUAUAAGAUGGUAAAGUUUAUGGAUUUUAUUUAUUUUUUCUUUUCAUUUAGAAUUGGAUAUUUAGUAAUCUACUAAUUUUCAGGUAGUGGAAAAUCUACCUCGUCUUCAUUAAGGAAUCCGUCAUUUAUGCACAUGAUGGCAACGUGGGGAGGGUGGGAGGGAGGGUCGGGUUAUAAGGAGUGGGCGGCACUAUGUGUAUUUCACUGACUACCUGUCUUUCAUUUUAUUAAACUUUUUUUUAAUACUACACAUCACAUAAUGCCUAUGCAAUAGAAAAUGAACACUGAACUGAAAAAGCAUCAGUCUGUAUUAGUGGAUAACUUUUUCGAUGCAAUUGCCAAGAUUUUAAAAACAAGGACCUCACUGCAAAGAAAUGUACAUUUGAUAUUUUAAGCCAUAGUACAAAGUAUUUUAUGAUGUCUUAGUUUAUAUUAUAUAAAGCUUUUGCUAUAUGCCACAUCAUAUUGUGUUUUAUAAUUUAGGCUUACAAAGAGUUUAUGUAUGAUCCAGAUUUCAUCUCUUAUAAGUGUAUGUGAUGUAUAUAUUGUGUGCUUAUAGGUGUUGGCUGUUCUUCUGCUGUAUAUACUGCUACUGAUUUUCUGUUAUUCCCUAUGGAUUACAGUAUAUAUGUGUAUACAUAAACAUUGCAUAUAUACAUAAAUUAAGAAAACUGUUAUGAAAUUGAGAAUAUUUAAAAUUGUUGUUUGGUUUUAUUGAUAAAAAAUUAACAAAAAUGUAAAAUUAAUAUCCAUAGGGUUAAUAUAUAUUUUCCUUUAUAUAUAUAUAAUAUAUAUAUCUAUAUACUUUAUAGUAUGUCCUAUAGUUGUAUGAGUGGAAAAGCACUACGUAGAUGAAGGUGACCUUUUUUUUUUUUUUUUUUUUUUUUUAAGUUAAUGUGGCUUCGUGCUACAAGAUUCACAUGCGGGAAUGAUCUGGGACGAUGUUUUAACUUUUUAAAUACCGUAAGUAGAUUAACAAUUUGAGCAUGAGCAGCAAUUACAUUGGAUAUGGUAACUAACUUCUAUGCUGUACUUACUUAGGUAAUAAAGUACGGAUGAGAUAUGUUCUGAAUUUGACAGUUUCAUAUAGUUUGAUUAGCAUAAAAUUGGUAAGACUGAAUACAAAAAGAAAAAAUCACUGACAUCUAUUAGUCGAUGAUCCAGAGAAAAUGACUUCUGAACAUGCUCAAAAGUUUGUACAGAUGUAGAAACCAGUGUGAGAUCAAUAUAUUUGAUUUUAAAUACAAGUUUUAUAUUGGUAAUAUAUUAUGUUGCUCUUCAGACUCUGUUGUAAUUGUCUGUCAGUAUGGUUUAUCUUAAUAAAUUGUGCAUGAAGAAAA